GAUGUACUUUUUCAGUGAUCAAAUGGAUAUGAAACUGUUACUAUGGUAAUGUUGAUUUCAAGGAGAUUACGUUUUACUUCAUAAUUUUACAUAUUGAUUUUAAGGUUAAUGAUAGAGUGCAGUUGAGGCUUCAAGAAGGUGGGAUUUUUAAACAAUGGAGAACGUCAGUGCAGGAGAACAAAUUAACUACAACAAAUCCUUCCUGAACGGAACUGACCUCAAUCUACAGAUAUAUCUGGAGCGGAACUUGGGUCCACGACAUCUGGACACUCCAACUCUAGUCAUUCUGACCACUGUGUAUGUAGCAAUAUUUCUGUCGGGAACUGUCGGCAAUGUAUGCACGUGCAUUGUAAUCGCCAGAAACCGUCACAUGCACACGGCUACUAAUUACUACUUGUUCAAUUUAUCCGUAUCUGAUCUGGCCACUCUGAUUCUGGCCCUUCCGCAGGAGCUUUACAUGAUCUGGGAGGCUUAUCCAUGGCGCCUGGGGGAGGGCUUCUGUAUUAUUAAAUCCUUUGUUACUGAAAUGUCAGCUUAUGCAUCAAUUCUUACCAUCACUGCCUUUACAAUUGAAAGAUGGGCAGCUAUAUGUCAUCCCAUGAGAUUUCAAAAAUUGUCGAAUUUGUCGCGAGCUGUAAAAGAAAUAGUGUUGAUAUGGAUUUUGUCUAUCGUGUGUGCCCUGCCGUACCCGAUACACACUCGAACAUUUUACGUCUUAGUGCAUCCCGUGACGUCAAAUCCCCUUCUUGAUUCAAUGGUGUGCAGUAUUCCUACAGAAUGGCGAGAACUGAUGCAGGUGUUUCUCCAAUUGUCAUCGUUUGUAUUUUUUGUUAUUCCCAUGACCCUCAUAACUCUCAUCUACAUCCUCAUCGGCAUUACACUUUACAAAUCUGAAGUGGCUGGAGUCCAACAGAAUUCUAGGAUGAACGUGGAGACAUCUAGGCAAAGCAAGAAAAUAUUCAGCACAACAAAGGCUCGAAAAUCUGUUGUAAAGAUGUUAGUUGCUGUGGUGGUAGCAUUUUUUGUCUGCUGGGCACCCUUCCAUGCCCAGCGUCUCUGGACAAUCUACAUGAAGAAAGAACACUGGACACCUGAGCUUCUGGACGUCCAGAAUUACGUCUUCUUCCUUUCAGGUGUACUGUACUUCUUUAGUGCUACUGUGAAUCCAGUCCUGUACAAUCUGAUGUCGAAGAAGUUUAGACAAGCUUUUCAACAGUCCAUAUGUGGCCGCCUGCAUCCGUCAGACUCACGGAGCACAUAUGCCUCGUCUUACAGACCCUCCCAACAGAGGACUUUAAACUAUGGCUACUCUGUAUUAUCUAAAUCUGCAGUUGUACAAAGUACGAUCGAGGAAACAGAAAAUACGCUAAUGGAAAGUCGUGCUUAAUGACAUACAUGUAGGCAUUGGAACUUCAGAAAUCUUUUGUUAACUGAUGGACGUCUCUACUUUGUGUCUGGUAACUCUAGUUGCAAUAAAUAAUGUGUAGAAACA